AUGAAGUUAAAUUUGUUUAAGCGGUCUAUGAUCUUUGCUACUUUUUUCGGUUCGUGUUUGUGUAUUGCUUUAAUUGUUGCGUCAUUGGGCACAACACAUUGGAUUGAUGCGAGAGCGCGAAGGACUUCAAAUGCCCUUGAAUCCGAUGGCAGGAUUAGCUUCGGUUUAUUUGAAGGGCAGAAGGAGCUCAACUUCGGAUACGGGUUGAGGAAUCGUAAUUUUAGUGUAAAAGCGGGAACACAUCCAGCGCGUAGAUGGGCAUGGUGCGGUACUGCCGGGUUACUAGCCGCCUCACUAGUAUCCGCGGGAGGUGCUUGCAUACUGGCAGCGCUUGGUUCUGCGGCGAGAGCAAGAUGCUCGCCUCGACCUUUACUCGUCAGCAAUUCUUUAUCUGUUCUGUUCAGCCUGGGUGCAAUAGCGGUAUGGCUAACAGAAUACUUUCUAAGACUGCAGUACAAUGUGAUGUCAGAUGAAGAUCUAGCGAUGACCUGGUCUUCUGACGGCACUGCCGACCUAGGACUUUCUUUUUGGCUGGUAGUGGCAGCAAGUAUCGCCGCGUUCGUCAACAACGUUUGUAUUCUCAUCGCUAUGUCGGACGGGCGGGACGUCGACACAAUAGCGCCUGCACUAGAAGAGAAAGUGAAUGGAGCUAUCAUGCUUUAUUAA